AUGAAGAAAUCAACGACAGACUUUUCUCCUCCAGGUUAUGCUCCACAGUUAAGAAGCAGAAACGGACAAGGACAGAAAAAGGAAGACACUUUGACGAAUAUACACAACAACUUCGACAAAUUCGCGAAAAAAUGUAAUGUUUACGACGAGGCGCACUAUUGUCACCAGAUUGUUGUCGAUCAACGAUUAAACUUAGCUGCCAUAUCAUACAAAUGUGAAUGCCCGGAUGGAUGGCGGUGUCCGUCAGGAAUUGCUGACACGAGAUUCGUUACCGAGUGUCAAUUUGACGAAUCAAAGCAUUGGCACCGAUGUCAAUUGAGAUGCACUCCGGUUAACGCGGAAUGA